UUCACUUUCAUUCGUCUGAAACAAACACUGCGUAAAACAACAUUGUCAUAGAAAAGUACUACAAUACUACUGUAUGAUCCUCAUUGGUGUGAGAUCCAUGGCAGCUUCAGAUUCAGGUUUAUGAACAUUAACAUGUGUUUAUAGUUGCUUCAAUUUUACCGUGGCACUUCGUUAAGAACAAGAAACAAAAAGAGAAGGUGGAAGAGUUGAACUUGAUCUUCCAUUCCACUUCCAAUUCCUUUAACUCUUAAAUGACUUCAACAUCUCCAACAAAGUAAAAGUCUUACCAUUUCUUGGUUUUCACGAAAUUUAUUUACAUGGGUUGUUCUGUUUUCCCUUAAAUUCGUAUUGCCUUGGAUAAAAUGUUCACCUUGGAACAUAAGAUAUUGUGAACGAUUUUUUGAUGGAGGAGCACGUGCCAGCAUUGCACACUGCUAUCAACGCUGUGAAGGCAUUAGGUAGAGGCUUUGAUGUGAACUGCGAUACGAGGUUGCUGUAUUGCAAAGGAGUGGCAGGGUCCAGGGUGGUCCAUGUUGAUGAAGAACACGUGAGGGACUUGUGGUUGUACGAUGAUGUGGUUGUUCCCAAUGUUUCAAUGGACAUUGUUAAGAACUCUCAGGAGCAUGUGGGGCGUCGCAGUUCUGGAGUCUGUAGUUACCAGGAGAUGGUGGAAUAUUUCAAUCAGAAGGCUAAUAUAUCACAAAGCUUUCCUCUUGGGACAUUUAAUUCUGCGUUUAGCUUCACUGGUUCAAAACACAUUGAUGCUACUGAGACAAAAUCUCUUUCUUCAGAUGGGUUUUAUAUUCCCCUCGCAAAGGUUCAGCUUACAAAUGCCCACUUAACAUUGCAAGAAAAUGUCAAAAGGGAUAUUCCAGUGAAUUGGGAUCCACCAUCCUUGGCAAGCUUUAUUGAAAACUUUGGGACACAUGUCAUUACAUCCAUAACUAUUGGUGGUAAGGAUGUUAUUUUUGUUAAACACCACCGUAGUUCACCUUUGUCAACAUUGGAGAUAAAGAACUAUAUUCAAGACAUUGGAAACCAGAGGUUCUCUGACAUCAAUAACCAUACAAGUUCACUUCAAACAAAAUUCAAGGAUAAGGAUGUCAGAGUCAUUUUCAGAAGGAGAGGAGGAGAUGAUUUGGAACAAGACCACAGUAUGUGGCUCAGAACUGUUUGGUCUUCCCCGGAUGUCAUUCAGAUGACUUUCUGUCCUAUAACAGAUCUCAUUGAUGAAGUUCCUGGCAAGGAACAAUUGACUCACGCUAUUGGUCUCUAUCUUGAAUAUAAACCUCCCAUUGAAGAACUUAGAUAUUUCUUAGAGUUUCAAAUUGCUCACGUUUGGGCUCCUCUUCAUGAAAGGAUUCCUGGACAACAAAGGAAGGAACCUAUUUGCCCAUCUUUACAAUUCAGCAUAAUGGGCCAGAAACUUUAUGUUAGCCAAGAGCAGAUCACAGUUGGGCGUUUGCCAGUAACCGGCCUACGUCUGUUUCUUGAAGGAAGCAAGCAGAAUCGUUUGAGUGUUCAUCUUCAACACUUAUCAUCUCUUCCAAAGAUCCUUAGGCCAUAUUGGGACACAGAUGUAGCCAUUGGUGCUCCCAAGUGGCAGGGACCCGAGGAGCAAGACAGCCGGUGGUUCGAGCCCGUUAAGUGGAAGAAUUUUUCUCAUGUGAGCACAGCACCCGUUGAGAAUCCUGAAACGUUUAUAGGGGAGUUCUCUGGCAUCUAUGUGGUUACCGGGGUGCAGCUUGGAGUGUGGGAUUUCGGACCGCGAAGCGUGUUGUACAUGAAGCUCUUGUUUUCGAGGUUACCUGGUUGCACAAUCAGAAGAUCAUUCUGGGAUCACACCCCCACCAACCCUGAUAACUCGAGCUUUGGUUCCAGAGAGAACAACACCACAGGAAGCAAGUUGUUCAAGUAUGUUGACUUGUCUGAAAUGAGCAAAGGGCCACAAGAUCCUCCUGGACAUUGGUUAGUUACUGGUGGAAAACUUGGUGUUGAGAAAGGGAAAAUUGUUCUGAGGGUGAAAUAUUCUUUGCUAAGUUACUGAUUUAGUUCGCUUUCCAUGAUUAUGAUGAACAAUGUUGGCUUCUGUUAGAAGCUGUGCAUGGUGCAUGUAAAACUUUUUGCAUAUAUAUCAUGGGAGUUAGAACUUGUUUCCACCAUGCCCUUCUAAACAAAUAUAUAUGUCGUUAAAGGGUGGAAACAAGAGGAUAGCAGAAAACCAGACAAGAAAAGGGAGUGAAAAAAGUUCAACAUCCUUGUUCUUCUGUCGGUCUAUUUUGUGGGGGCAUUCCCUGCACAAUUGUUCAUAUACAUAGUUUUGAUGCAAGUAUCUUUUCUUUUUAUUUC